CCUGGAGUCUGUCUUCCUGAACUCUGCAGAGUUCAGCGCAGAUUUUAAGCGUGUGUGAACUUGUUAGACGGAGACUUGGUGACUGCAGCACCUGUACAUGAAGUGACAGUAAGCACCUGUAUAUUUUUCCUUGGAAUAUUCGCCUGGGCUUUGUCCAUCUGGACUCUACACACUGAAAUGGAUCAUCGGUAUAUUCUGGCCUGGUUCGUCUUUAUCUUCUGCCGGGUUGAUGGAGAGUCUCUAUAUGGACUGAAGGGGCUGAGCAUCAAAUUGGAUCCAGCCAUCCCUGACAAACCUGCGGACAUCCUGUGGAAACAUAAUGGCAACAAAGUGGUAGAGUUUAAUGGCAAUGAGGAACAAGUUUACGGCACGUUUGAAAACAGGAUCACUCUUUACUGGCACACUGCAGACAUUGAAAUCACUGACCUCAGAUUUGAAGACGGCGGAAACUAUGAAUUGGAAGCAACCAUUAACAACAAGCUUCACCGGUCAUCUAAGACAUUGGUGGUCAUAGACAAGGUUCCCAAGCCCACCAUAUCCUGUAAGAUGAACGAUGACAGCAGCUCUAACAAAUCUGGAACGCUGGAAUGCUCUGCAGAUUACAAACACAGUCAAACUCAAUCCUUAUUGAAGUUUGAUUGGGGAUCACAUGGAAAUGUGCAGCCUGGCCCACAGUUAACAAUAUCUCUGGGGCAUGAACAUGAUGACCAUGAAUACAUUUGUAAUGUGAGCAACCCCAAGAGUAGUGAAACAACUACAUUUACUGCAAAGGAUUGCUACCCUGACGAAAGUUCAUCUGUACCAUUGGCUGUCGGCCUAGCCGUCCUCUUUUCAAUCAUUUUUGUGGUGUUGGUUUUGGGUAUAGCAUACAGCUGCUACAGGAAACGUAAAGCAUGUUUUGCAGUAAAGGGAGAUGAGGAGGAGUCAACAAAAAAAGUUUCAGACGAUCAUAACACGACUGCUCAGGUUGAAGAAAGAAAGCUUCUUCUUACACCAGCAGCAAGUCAACCACCUCACACAGGUUUAGAUGUAGCUCUGGGUGAUGGAAAUAGCCAAAAUGUUGAUGAAGCAUAUCCGCGAGUGAUUGAUUAA